GUUUCCUCAUUACUUACGGUAACUCGCGAACAUUAAUUUGUCUGCAUCCUGCGUAUAAAUGCGAAAAAUUAUCAAAACGAGCAUUUAUUCGUAAGACGUAUCAGCAGCGAAUGCGUCGCGCUUUUUGAAUUUCAAGACUUGGAAUUCACAAAAUACAAAAUGAGAUUAACAUUACAACUGAUAACUCUAGUAUCUUUAGUAGCCAUUUUCAAAACUACCGAAUCCAAAAUGACCAUGGACCAAAUCAAAAAUACUUUGAAACCAUUCAAAAACUCAUGUAUUAAGAAAAUUUCACCAGAUGUAGCAAUGGUGGAAGCAACCAAAUCUGGACAAUUCCCCGAAGACGCGACCUUGAUGUGCUUCUUAAAAUGUGUUUUGUCAAUGAUGAAAGUGAUGAAAAAUGGCGAAAUCCUAUUACCAUCAAUAAUGCAACAAAUAGAUAUUAUGAUGCCUGAUGAAUACGUCGAAACAAUGAAAGAAAUCUGUACCAAUUGUUACGAGAUGUCGCUGAAAGUUGAUGAUGCGUGUGAAAAGGCCUAUGUUUUUGUCAAAUGCUACUACAACACUAACAGCGAGCUGUACUUCUUCCCAUAAAAUUAAUAUCACCAGCAGCAGUGCGCGACUCUUUUGGAAAAUGCGAAAAACAGUUUAAUUGUACAAGUUGAUUCCUAUGUAAAUAAAUUAAUUUUUAUGUAAAUUUCUUGUAAAUUUUUAUGUAAAUUUUAUGUAGUUUCCAUGUUUUUACAAUCUAUAAAUGCUUUAUAACAGA